CGCGGCCUCGCCUCGCACCUCCACACGACGGCGCCGCCCCUCCACUCCGCCUCGCGCCUCCACGCAACGGCGGCGCCCCUCCACUCCUCCUCGCGCCUCCACGCAACGACGCCGCCCCCUCCACUCCGCCUCGCGCCUCCACGCAACGGCGGCGCCCCUCCACUCCUCCUCGCGCCUCCACGCAACGACGCCGCCCCCUCCACUCCGCCUUUGCCUUCGCUGGAUCCGGCGAGCCGCGUGUCCUCCGCCUCCACCUCUUCGCCGUCGUCGUCCACCAUCGGGGUCGAGUUCGCCACUCGCAGCAUCCACAUCGAGGACAAGGUCGUCAAAGCCCAGAUCUGGGACACCGCUGGCCAGGAAAGAUCGGAGGCCCAGCCCGUCCGCACACUCCAGCCUCGUGCCGCCGCCGCCGCCCGCAUCUCCUCUCGCGAGUCUCGGUCUCGCGUCUCCCCAUCUCCCGGCUCGGCGGCGCAGUUCCCGCGGUCGUCCCCGGCUGGCGGCACCACAGCAGCGUGGCCUGUGGCGGCUCACCGGCACACCAUCGCCCACGCCCCUGCCCCCAGGCCCCAGCCCUAACAACUCGCGGUGCGCUGCGGCCUGGUCGGCAACCGGCGGCGGCUGCCGUCCAGCACGGGCACGCGGCGAUUUGGCGCUGGGACCUCGAGGGCUCAGCCGCCUGAGAUGCUGAGUCUCCCGACCGUCCGGACAGUCCUUCACCCCUUUUUUUGCGAUUAGUCCUUCACCCUUGUGCUCACUACUCUACAGUUCACACCACUGGCCCAUCAUUCAUCCCAUCCUCCUCGGUGGCCUUCGACUUGUCGACUUCUUUCCGUCCAUCCCAUCCUCGGCGCGGCGGCGGAGGAGGAGAGCAAGAGAUGUCAUCCUCGGAGACGGUCGCACAACAUCUGCCGCGGACGGAGGCACGGUCAUUGUCGGGGCACGAAGGGGCAGUGCUUGCGGUGCGCUUCAACCGCGACGGCAACUACUGCCUGAGCUGCGGCAAGGACCGCACCCUUCGCCUUUGGAACCCGCACACUGGCGCCAACGUCAAGACCUACAAAUCCCACGCCCGCGAGGUCCGCGACGUCCACUCCUCCUCGGAUAACGCGAAGCUGGUGUCCUGCGGCGCCGACAGGCAGAUUUUCUACUGGGAUGUUGCCUCGGGCCGCGUCAUCCGCAAGUUCCGUGGUCACAACAGCGAGGUCAAUUCAGUGAAGUUUAAUGAGUACAAUGCUGUUGUAGUCUCAGCUGGUUAUGACCGUACAGUGCGUGCAUUUGACUGCAGGUCACAAAGCAGUGAUCCAAUUCAGACUAUUGAUACUUUUCAAGAUAGUGUAAUGUCAGUUAACCUAACAAAGACAGAAAUAAUUGCGGGCAGUGUUGACGGUACUGUUCGUACAUUUGACAUUCGCAUGGGUAGGGAGACUGUGGAUAAUCUGGGGCAUCCUGUGAACUGUAUAUCAUUAUCAAAUGACAACAAUUGCCUUUUAGCUAACUGUCUAGAUUCUACCGUGAGGCUUCUAGACAAGUCAUCAGGAGAACUGUUGCAGGAGUACAAGGGGCAUGCGUGCAAGUCCUUUAAGAUGGAUUGCUGCUUGACGAAUGAUGACGCAUUUGUUGUUGGUGGAUCUGAGGAUGGCUAUGUUUUCUUCUGGGAGUUAGUGGAUGCACCUGUUGUUGCAAGAUUCAGGGCACAUAGUUCUGUGGUAACCAGCAUCAGUUACCACCCAACAAAGGCGUGCAUGUUGACAUCUUCUGUGGACGGUUCAAUACGUGUUUGGACCUAAGACUAGUCGUUGAUGUGUCACAUGUAUUGUCCCUCCAAAUCAUCCAAUUAUCUAGCGGCGACGAUAAAAAAGGUGGGUGCAUGUUCUAACCUAAUGGGAGUCCUGUACGCCAUGUUGCUGUGCCAGUGUGCUGCUAAGAGAAUGCCCGACUGCUCAACCUAUUUGUGAAGCACAAAAUGUUCGAAAGUGGUAUUCUGACAUGUACACGCUUGGAUGAUGGAAGGCACAGGUUGUGAGUUUCAUGGACUAGAUAACAUUUUCUGCUUCUGAGAAGUCACUUGCCCCAAGUGUCAUAUUGUCUUCAUUUUUAAGUACGGCUGCUUCCCACUUGUUAGGCAGGUGUAUGGUGGUUGUACUUGAACUGGGGCAUAAAACAAGGUAGGCCUAGCUAUCAAGUGGAGGAAGAAAAAAAAAUCUGCAAAUCACAAAAAUAGUCGCAUUGGCGUA